UUUUAAAAUGUGUUAUUUAGAUUUCAGAUGAAUUGUCUAGCCUUGUUGUAGCACAGUUGCUGUUUCUACAAUCAGAAAGUAACAAAAAACCAGUUCAUAUGUAUAUAAACAGUCCAGGUGGAUCAGUUACAGCUGGAUUAGGAAUUUAUGAUACAAUGCAAUAUAUAAGACCUCCAAUUGCCACAUGGUGUGUUGGUCAAGCCUGCAGUAUGGCUAGUCUACUAUUAUGUUCUGGAACACCAGGAAUGAGACAUUCAUUGCCCAAUUCUAGAAUCAUGAUUCAUCAGCCAUCUGGUCAAGCUGCUGGUCAAGCAACAGACAUUCAGAUUCAUGCAGAAGAAAUUUUAUAUCUGAAAAAGAAAAUUAAUUCUAUAUAUGCACAACAUACUAAACUACCUUUACAAAAAAUUGAGGAGAGUAUGGAAAGAGAUAGAUUUAUGAAUCCUGAACAAGCAAAAGAAUUUGGUCUCAUUGACACUGUAUUAGCUCAUCCACCUACAAUGGAAGAAGAGGAAAAAUUAGCCUUAACUCAAAGUAAUGGAACAUAAAAAUUAGUUUUUAUUGAAUUUAUGUAUUAUGUUUAAAGUAAUAAACACUACUUUUGAAUAUUUAGCUUGUAUGUUUUUUAAUUAAUAACUUUGGUUUAACUUGGAAUGCCUGGUUUCAUUAUUAGAAUAUACAAAAUAUAUAUUUAUAAAUAAAAACACUUCACAAACUUUUGUUCAGAGGAAUGCCACAGAUUGUGGAUUGUACAAAUAGCUGCCAUGCUCAUUGUGUUCUCUAAUAAUGUAGUGACCACACACAACAUGGUCUUAGAAGUAUCUGUUAUCUAUGCAAGCCAUGUUUGUUAAAGUAAUUAGAACAAUUGCAGCAGAUAUUAUGUAACAGCAAAGAUUACACUUAACUACUUAACAUGUUGGGAAAUGGAGCAUAACUGAAAGUUACAGAUAAGAAAAAUAAACAGAUUAGAAGAAUCACAAGUCCAAGGCAUUCUAAUAUGUAAUAAUAAAGUUAUCUCCAAAUAUUUUUCUUCUUUGAUCUAGGUGAAGACAAAUAGCACGAUAUUGACACAAGUUAAAAAAUUCAAGAAAUAUUUCACACAGUAUGUGACAAGUUCUUAUCCAGAAGAGAAGGCCCUGAUGAGCCUUUGAAUUUUUUUUUUUUUUUUUACAGAUUUACUAAACUUCAGUUUAAAAUGUGAGUUUAGGAUCCUGUGGAAGAGUUUAUUUAGAGAUGUCAUCGUAACAUGCAUCAUAUCUAUCCAAAUUAGAGCGAAUGUCUACUACCUUUUAUUACCUUUUAGUAAAUACAGUUGACCCCCCCAUAACACAGUAGAUACGUUCCA